UGCUCUGGCUGUUACUACAGGAUCACUAUCCACUGAGCUCACAGUAGCAGAAAUGAGCCUUUACUGACUAAAACCCGCUUGCUGUAGAAAAAUGGAAAUAUACUGGUAAAAUGUAUUUACUGUUUUACUGAAGAACUUUGAUCUACUUUAUAAAAUAAAAGUAAAAUCCCAGACAAGUCGUUAGACACUAUUUUAAAUGAGAGUUUUUAGCUAUUUAGCUCCAUUCACCUCCAUUCAUUGAGGACUCACUCGCGGGCUCCCUCUAGCGUUCAGCAGGUAUUUUCUGAUAUACCGGGGGAGACAGGGAGUGGGCGGGCUCUCCAUAACCCGGCUGUAGCUGAUCUUCGGGGGUCUACAGCUGGAGUGUUUUUGGAGCUUUGUUCUCCCACACCGCUGGAGGAACAGGAUCAGCAGAACUACAGAAGAAAAUGCAAACUAUUCCUAGUCUUCUCCUAAAAUGUAUCACCACAAACAACCUAGAAAUGUUUAACUACUGAAAGAGGUGAAGCACAAGGCAUCCAGAAGAAUCUCCAGUACCUGCUACAGUAGUUUGCUACAUCUCACAAAAAAAAAUGAAGCCAAGUCCGGGCAAGGAGGAAUUUCACCACUCUGAGAGCAGUUUUACUAAAGAGAGUGAUCUCAAUCUACAACAGUGCAUUCAUACAGAAGAGAAACCACAUCACUGCUCAGACUGUGGGAAGAGUUUUAAUCAACUGGGUAAUCUCAAAAAACACCUGCUCAUUCACACAGGAGAAAAACCUUAUCACUGCUUACACUGUGAGAGCAGUUUUACUAGACUGGGUGAUCUCAAAAAACACCAGCGAAUUCACACAGGAGAGAAACCGUAUCACUGCUCAGACUGUGGGAGCAGUUUUACUGCACAGAGUGAUCUCAGAAAACACCAGCGCAUUCACACAGGAGAGAAACCGUAUCACUGCUCAGAAUGUGGGAAGAGUUUUAAUCAACUGGGCAAUCUCAAAAAACACCUGCGCAUUCACACAGGAGAGAAACCGUAUCACUGCUCAGAGUGCGGGAGCAGUUUUACUACACAGAGUGAUCUCAACAAUCACCACCGAAUUCACACUGGUGAAAAACCGUAUCACUGCUCAGACUGUGGGAGCAGUUUUACUACACAGAGUGAUCUCAAAAAACACCAGCGUGUUCACACAGGAGAGAAACCGUAUCUAUGCUCUGAGUGUGGUAAGAGUUUUAAUCAAUUGGGUAAUCUCAGAAAACACCUGCGCAUUCACACAGGUGAAAAACCGUAUCACUGCUCAGACUGUGCAAGCAGUUUUACUACACAGAGUGAUCUUAAAAAACACCAGAGAAUUCACACAGGUGAGAAACCGUAUCACUGUUCAGACUGUGGGAGCAGUUUUACUACAAAGAGUGAUCUAAAAAAACACAAGCACAUUCACACAGGACAGAAACCUCAUCACUGCUCAGACUGUGGGAAGAGCUUUAAUCGACUGAAUCAUCUCAAACUACACCAGCGCAUUCACACAGGAGAGAAACCGUAUCAGUGCUCAGACUGUGGGAAGAGUUUUAAUCAACUGGGCAAUCUCAAAUUACAUCUGCGCAUUCACACUGGAGAGAAACCAUAUCAUUGCUUAGAGUGUGGCAGUAGUUUUACGACACAGAGUUAUCUCAAACUACACCAGCGCAUUCACACAGGAGAGAAACCGUAUUACUGUGCAGAAUGUGGGAGCAGUUUUACUACACAAAGUGAUCUCAAAAGACACCUGCGCAUUCACACAGGAGAGAAACCGUAUCACUGCUCAGACUGUGGGAAGUGUUUUAAUCAACUGAGUCAUCUCAAACUACACCAGCGCGUUCACACUGGGGUGAAACCAUAUCACUGCACAGAGUGUUGGAAGAGUUUUACUACACAACGUCGGUUCUUGGAACACCAGCGUAUUCACACAGGGGAGAAACCAUAUCACUGCUCAGACUGCGGGAAUAGUUUUAGGUAUUCGAAAAUGUUAAUGGCACACAAGUGCACUAAGAGCAGUCAUUGUCCCAAUGGCAGUCCCAACACAGAUCCAAAAAUGGACUGAAGGCACAAUUGAGGGCAAACAGACAUGUUUUACAAAUUGUGCAUCCUUGAGAGUUAUGCUGUAAUAAUCUAUACCUAAUAAUAUGUAAUUUCUUUAGCUGUGUUGAGAAUGUUGUUUAGCAGGCGAUGUAAAAGUUCUGCUGAAGGCUGUUAUCAAGACUCUUUUGCUGUUUUGCUCAGAAUAAACAUAUGAGCUAAUUCUGAAGAGUAUGUAUGAACCAUGAGUACUGUACUUGUAAACCAGUGAACAGGAAGCAGAUGUAUUUGAUUCUUUUAUUUGCAUAUAAUUUACACAAAUGUAUAAUUGCUUGAUUGAGCCUGUGUUACUUUUAGGAGAGAGGUUCUCUUAACCUCUCAAUUUGCUUUUAAAUGUGUUGACCAGUUGAAAAAAAUUUUCUCCAUUUUACUUUAACUUGCUUUUCUUGUGUGUACCUAAAAUCUGUAAAAAGAAAAUGUACUUUACAUCGAAUAAAGACACAAACCAAUUUCAACUA